AGUUUGGGAACAGUUCAGCAGCGGACGGCGAGCACUACGUCAGCGCGCCCGCUACAUAAAGGGCGGGAUGGGAGCGCGUUCACAGCACACAGCCAGGCGCGCUCACAGAGAGCAGAGGAGCUUCUUCUCCAGCUUUGAACGGGCGAGAAAGACGCGCUCACACACGCCAGGUCAGAGCCUCAGAGCCUGAAGAGGGACUUUUAAGCCCGAGGACGAGAGGAAUUGAUUUGUUUCGAGGAGAAGAGAAACGCUUGGAAGAAGAAAACAAAAAAAAAGAAGAUGGUUCUUUUGUCGGUGGUCGCGGUUCUUAUGGGGAGCUUCAGCAUGGUGCUCAGCACGUGCCCUCAGGAGUGCAAGUGUCAAUUGGAGCUGCCCAAGUGCGCACCAGGCGUGAGCCUCGUCUCCGAUGCCUGCGGGUGCUGCAAAGUGUGCGCGAGGCAGCUCAACGAAGACUGCAGCAAGACGGAGCCCUGCGACCACACCAAGGGGCUCGAGUGCAACUUCGGGGCUAGCUUCAGGGCGGCCAGAGGCAUCUGCCGAGCCAAGUCUGACGGCAGACCCUGCGAGUACAACAGCAGGAUCUACCAGAACGGAGAGAGCUUCCAGCCCAACUGUAAACAUCAGUGCACAUGCAUCGACGGAGCAGUGGGUUGCAUCCCUCUCUGCCCCCAGGAGCUGUCCCUGCCCACACUGGGCUGUGCCAACCCCAGGCUGGUCAAAGUGCCAGGCCAGUGCUGCGAGGAAUGGGUCUGCGACGAGCCCUCUGACAAGCUGUUUGGCAAGGAGCCAAUGCCCGAUGAGACCGAGAGUGACCUCACCAUCAGAAACGAGCUGGUCGCUAUCGUGAAGGCUGGCCCCAAGUCUCUUGCCGCGUACAGAGACCAGGCCGAGUCCCACAUGUUCGGGAGCCAGAAGUGCAUUGUCCAGACCACGCCCUGGUCACAGUGCUCCAAGUCCUGCGGCACUGGCAUCUCUACCAGAGUCACCAACAGCAACGCAGAGUGCAAGCUGGUCAAAGAGAGCCGAAUCUGCGAGGUCCGCCCCUGCACCCAGUCUCCUUACUCCAGCCUUAAGAAAGGGAAGAAGUGCAACAGAACCAAGAAGUCGGCUCAGCCGGUCAAGUUCACCUAUGCCGGCUGCUCCAGCCUGAAGAAGUACCGUCCCAAGUACUGCGGCUCCUGCGUGGACGGCCGCUGCUGCAGCCCCCAGCAGACCCACACCAUCCCCGUCGAGUUCCGCUGCGAGGACGGCGAGACCUUCAACAAGAACGUGAUGCUGAUCGAGACCUGCAAGUGCACCUUCAACUGCCCCCACGCCAACGAGGCCUCCUACCCCUUCUACCGGCUCUUCAAUGACAUCCACAAGUUCAGAGACUGAGCUGGCGGGGAAUCCCAUUGCAGAACGACGCGACGUCAGCGGUGACGUCGGAACGGCCAAUCGCAGCUUGGCUGGGGAUCGGAGGCCCACCCCCUUCGGCCAGUCGACUACCACCAUUAGAUUCCCACGGAAUCAUGGGCUUUCAUUGAGGAGUUUGGCGAAGUGCACUGCUUGCUGAGGACUUGUCAGCGUUUGAUACUUUCAAGUUAUGAAAGACUCGCUCCACAGUGGAGCAGUAAGAUUUUGUAGCUUCAUUACGGAGCAACUUGUAAAGUCGAGCAAUUUGUAAAAUGUAGUUGUUAAAAAAUGUUUUAUGUAUAUUUUGAUUUUCUAAAUACAGAAUAUGACCCAACUGUAGACUCGUAUGUGUAUGUAUCUCCAAAUAUGCAUAUAUGCACAUACAUAAAUUGCUUUUGUUUGUAGAUCAUGGUCCUGUAAUUUCAUCAGUUACGCCAUGCUGUGGUUUUUCCGACAUAUGUGGUAACAUUCCUUCCUAAUGUGGACACGUGCAUUCAUACUGUUCGGCAGCUAUUGAAAACCAACUCCAUCAGAGAAUUAGCAACAAAAUGAGUUGACUUAAAGAAUGAAUGUUUUAUUAUUGUUAUUAAUAUUAUUUAUCAGAAAUGUAGCUACUUUAUUUGAAUAUUGUCAUACUGGAAUAAAGUGUAAAAUGAUCUAAUUUUAUAUGUUACAAAUAAAAAAAAAGAUUUAUUUAUGA